AUGUCGAAGGACAACGAAUCGCUGCACUACAUGGACGAGGAGGCGAAGCGCAAGAAGAGGAUGAAGUGGACGAUCGGCAUCAUCGCCUUCGUCAUCCUACAGGUAGUCCAAGCUCUCUUCUUCGUCCUGGUCAUCAUGAAGUUCAAGUCCCCCAAGUUCAGGGUCGGUGAGUUCGACAUCCAAACCUUGAAUGUCGGGACUCAGGCCUCGCCCUCGUUCGAUAUGAGCUUUGUCGCUCCGAUCCGGGUCAAGAACACCAACUGGGGUCCUUUCAAGUAUGAUGCUUCUACUGUUAGCUUCACCUAUGGCGGUGCCCAAGUGGGACAAGCGAUCAUUCCCAAGAGCAAGGCCAACUUCAAGUCCACCAAAAAGAUUGACGUGCAUGUGACCUUGAGCUCUUUGAAUUUGCCAAGCGCUUCGAAUCUUGGGAACGAGUUGAGUUCAGGGAUCAUAACAUUGAACAGCCAAGGUGAACUCAAAGGGAAAGUAACGGUCAUGUUCAUGUUCAAAAAAACAAAAAUCUCCCAAAUGAAUUGCACCAUAGCCAUCAAUACAGCAACCAAGGUGGUCCAAUCCUUGACAUGUAAAUAA